AUGACCAACCUAGCCAUGAAAAGGUACGGACUUCUUGCUGCCCAUGAUUCUGGUAUUCCGAAUGGCAGCCGGGAUUACACUACAUUGAUUCUUACUCAUGGAUUUGCCUGGCAUUCUGGCGUAUUUGUUCGUCUCCUGCCACUCGCCCCAAAGUACAACGCGCGCAUUGUUCUUGUAAAUAGGCGUGACUAUCCCGAAUCUGAGCUUCCCGGAGAAGAACUCAACCAGAUCAGCACCAUCAAAUCGGAUACACCAGGGGCGAUCGAUAUCCUGAAAGAGUAUGCAAAGCAAUCCGCCCGGGAGCUGUACGACUUUCUAUCACUAUUUGUUAAGUCCGAGAAAGUGCCCGAGAAACCGGGAAUUGUUUUCGCAGGAUGGUCGUUUGGCGGUGCAUCGAUGACUAUGUUCCUUGCGAACGCUAGGAACUUUCCAGUUGGAGAUGUUGAUCUGACCCGGUAUAUUCGAAGUGUUAUCCUUUACGAUCCGCCAUAUCAUAGUCUUGGUUACCCACCACCAGCGGAAGUCUAUCACCCUCUGGAAGAUCCAUCUAUGCCACCCGGGGAAGGUGGUAAGUUCUUCUUGUCAUGGGUUUCUGGAUAUUAUUCGCACGGUAAAUCGGUCUCCGAGCUCGAACUUCGCAAGCCCUUGACGAAUCCUCGUCCGACAAUCGAGACAAUGACUCCAAAUGAUCUCGCAUCGACUAUGUACGUGUAUGCAGAAUUCCCUGAUGGCGCUGAUAAAACCCUCAUGGAGGCCGGCGUGCAACACGGUUUAUUCAACUUUUUACGAGAAGCUACCCUCUAUCCUCCUUUCACGGAAGAGAAGUCGAAAGACUGGGAUAGCAUACAGCUCAAGUAUAUCUGGUGCGACAGUUCUGUAUGGGAGAUGCCUUGGGGAGCGUGGGCUUUCCAGAAUGAGCUUGAAGAGGCAAAGAAGAAAGGAAAGCCAACGAGGCCUGUCUCGGUUGUGAGGAUGGAGGGAGCCAACCACUUUGUGAGUUUUGUUUUCUGA